AUGUAUCGUAGACUACAGGAAGAGACAUCAGAGGACAGAGAGCUCCAAACACUCCAGGAUGUAGUGUUGAACAUCCUCACCCCAGAACUGCCCAGUACCAAAUCGUAUGAGGAGUUGAAGGCAGCACUAACUAAACAUUACUCCCCCAAACCACUCGUGAUAGGAGAACGGUUUAAAUUUCACAAUCGUAAAAAGAGGGAGGAGGAAUCAGUUUCUGAUUAUGUAGUCAGCCUGAAGAAGUUGGCAAAGUAUUGUGAGUUCGGGGACGUCCUUAAUCAGGCCUUGAGGGACAGACUAGUAUGCGGAUUACGGAGUGAGGACAUACAAAAGAAACUGUUGGCCGAGAAAGACUUGGACCUAGCCAGGGCUAAUGAAAUCGCGUUAGCCAUGGAGAUGGCGACAAAGGACACUGAGGUAAUGUCGCAGCCGGUCAUUGGGUCAGUCAAUGUUGUGAACAAAGGUCAGAAGUACAAGCCUCGGAAAUCAAAGUACUGGGGUACUGAAAGAUCACACUCGGACAAGGCAGAGGGAACCAACAGUGACUCAGGUAAAAGUGUGGCUAAGGGCUAUAAGGUGAACCUCGGUUUGAACGGUUGUCCAGUUCAGAUGGAAAUUGACACAGGAGCCGCGGUCACUAUUUGCUCGGAGAAGAUGUACACUGAUCAUCUCUUGCAAUUGUCCUUGCAAAAGCCCACGGUCAAGCUGAAAGACUAUGGUGGCGUGAACGUGCCAUUACGCGGUGAGGUAACCGUUCCGGUGACAUACGGAAAUCAGAGCCAUAACUUGUUGUUGCGCGUCGCAUGUGGCAACCGUCCAUCGUUGUUGGGUCGGAACUGGCUAAGCCACAUCAAGCUCGAUUGGCCUAGUAUAUUUACUGUGACCCAGUCAGUGCAGUCGCAGCGCAUUGAUACGUCAGUCAAGGAAAUGUUGGUCAAGCAUCACAAGCUGUUCCAGAAAGGUCUGGGAACGAUACAGAAAUUCAAGGCUCAAGUAAAGGUUCAGUCGGAUGUACAGCCCAUUUUCUGUAAGGCCCGGGCGGUGCCUUUUUCCCUGAAGGAAGCCUUAGAGAAGGAGCUUCAUAGACUUGAAAAUGAAGGCAUUGUGUCGCGAGUCGAACAAAGCGAUUGGGCGACUCCAGUUGUCAUUGUGCCAAAGGCCGAUAAGUCAAUACGCCUUAGUGGCGACUUCAAAGUGACUGUAAACAAGUGCUUGGAUGAACAACAGUAUCCACUUCCGAAUGUGGAAGACAUGUUUGCACAGCUGACCGGUGGUCAGAAGUUUACGAAGUUGAAUUUAUCGCAGGCGUACCAGCAGUUAACAUUAGACGAGGACUCAGAGAAGUAUUUAACCAUAACCACACAUCUGGGAUUAUUCAGGUAUCAUCGGUUACCGUUCGGUGUUGCAUCGGCCCCCGCUAUCUUUCAGUCAGUCAUGGAUCAGAUAUUGCAGGGAGUACCGCAUACUAUGUGUUGUAUCGACGAUAUCCUGGUUACAGCACCAAGCGACAGUGAACACAUCAAGAUCUAA